GACGAAUUGUUCGCGAAAGUCGCCCCGGACAACGCGACAGUCCCCGACCCUGUAGUCGCAGUACCCGCACCGUCACCUCCACCCUUGCCAGUACCCAUCGAAGCUCCUGCGAGUAUCGCAGAUAUUGAGGACCAAUAUGCAGGCUCACCGUCUCGCCCGUUGCCUCGGGUGUUUGGCAGGGAGAAACCCGCCUGGCAAACUCGCCGGACUUGGCCGUACGGCGCACGUCGGCCAGCGUCGAUUCCAGGUCACCGUGGUACCACGUCUGCGUUUAGUUGAGCAUCCGAAUUCCUCUGAGGGCCGAGAAAAGGAACGCGAGCGCCAGGCAGCUCGUCACCUCGAGACCGCCACCAACGCGGUGAGCACGGAGGAGGAUACGCGGUCCCCGGUGGAGCGAUUCCGACGGCCCCCGAACAAGGCUUUCUCCGUCACGGACCUGAUCUCCCCGGCCUGGUGUGAGCUGCAGUAUUGGUACUCGCUGACGAAACAUGGCCGGAAGCGUCGAACCGCGGCGAUGAAGCUCGGCAGUACGAUACACAAGACGCUGGAAGACGAGAUCUACACGACGGUGCCGGUCGAGAUCACGACCAAGGAGGACGCGCUCGCCUUGCGUAUUUGGAAUAUCAUCCAAGGCCUGCGGCUGCUACGAGAGUAUGGCAUCACGCGGGAGCUGGAGAUCUGGGGCUUGGUGGAUGGCGAGCUUGUCACUGGCAUCAUUGACCAACUGUCGAUCGAAUGCCCAGAUCCAGCCCUCGAGGCGACGGCCGCCUCGUAUUAUGCCGACGUCGAGGCAUCGAGGGCUAUCAUGCCGGAGUAUCAGAUGUCGCUGACGGACUAUUUGCUUGCACCAUCACGUGGCGGGAAGAGGCUCUCCGAUGUCUACGGGAGGAAUGAGGAGGAGCCAGAAGCGACCACCGAUGAAGCGACCAGCAGCCAGGGGUCUUCCGAGCUCCCUAGUAUACCCCGGAUCUACUUGACCGAUGUUAAGACGCGAGGCAGUGCUUCCGUGCCAGCGGUCAAGAGUUCCUCGUUCCGUCCCACGCAGCUCCAACUCCAGCUAUACUAUCACAUGCUGAACCGCCUCAUCACCAGCGACGAUGUGACCAUUGACGUCCUCGCUGCGCGGUACAAUCUCGACGCGCAGCGUCCUUUUACCGAGGCCUUCAUCCGCGAAGUGGGCGGUCUCAACGACCAGUACUUCGACGCGCUCUCGUCGCAGGAGUUCGACCCGGAUCUCAUCCCGACGCAAGAAGACGCAGACGCUCAGGACGUCUCCUCGUCGUCACCGACAUCAUCAUCAUCAUCAUCAUCAUCAUCUGCUCCACCCGCCAGCCAAGACUCCACCAGCAUUCUCACCUCCCACAACAGCCUCGCCGCUCUCUGGAACCUGAUGAAGGAGAACCUCCGUCUGACCUUCCUUCUCCCGUCCUCACCCUCCGUCUCCGUGGCCCCGUCCAUCCCCUCCGAGUUCCAGCCCGUCACGCUGGAAUCCUACCCCACCGUCGUCUCCCCGCUGCUCACGGCGAAAUACAUCUCCUCGAAGCCGACGACCGACAUGGAGAAACGCGUGCUGGGCAGUCGAUCCUUCCUCUUCGACCCGAAUUCCUUGACCUCCUACGUGGCGGAGCAGAUGGAGUGGUGGCACGGCGAGCGGGCACCGCGCGGGGUGGAGGUCAUGGAUGCGUGGAAAUGCCGUAUCUGUGAGUUCCGGGAUGAGUGCGAGUGGCGGCAGGAGCGCGAGUGGGAUUACUCGCAUCGCCGGCGGCAGAAGCUGGACAUUGAGAUGAACGCCACUUGAUCUGCAUUAUGCCUCUUUAGAUCCAGGAUGUGUUUUUGAAGGGUAAAUUUGGUCGGCGCUUUUAACAUGGAUAGACGUACUGUUUUAAAUUUUAGGGUUCGGUUGCAUACUCGCAUAGGUGGGCAGGUUG